UUUUAUUACAAUGAUAGAUCGAGGAUGACAUUACUCGCUUGCCAAAAUGGCUGAAUAUCUUGCAUCCAUUUUUGGCACUGAAAAGGACAAAGUCAACUGCUCCUUCUAUUUCAAGAUCGGAGCUUGUCGCCAUGGAGAUCGUUGUUCCCGCCUCCACAACAAACCCACGUUCAGCCAGACCAUCGUGAUCCAGAACAUCUAUCACAACCCGGCAAACACAGCACAGUCAGCUGAUGGAGGCACUACGGGAAUGGUAGACCAAUCCAACCUGAGUGACGUUGAGGUCCAGCAGCAUUUUGAUGAUUUCUUUGAGGAAGUUUUCACGGAGAUGGAGCAGAAGUACGGUGAGAUUGAGGAGAUGAACGUCUGUGACAACCUCGGCGAUCAUCUGGUUGGUAACGUUUAUGUCAAGUUCCGCUAUGAAGAGGAUGCAGAGAAAGCAGUGGAAGAUUUGAACAAUCGUUGGUUCAACCGUCAACCAAUCAGAGCUGAGCUUUCACCUGUCACAGACUUUAGGGAAGCUUGCUGCCGUCAGUACGAGAUGGGUGAAUGUACCCGUGGAGGAUUCUGCAACUUCAUGCAUCUCAAACCCAUCUCCAGGGAGCUCCGUCGCGAACUCUACGGCCGCCGAAAGCGCAAGAAGCGCAGCCGAAGCAGAUCCAGGUCACCCAAGCGCCGAUCACGAUCCCGGAGUCGAAGCCGAGGGAGAGACGAUAGGUAUAGAGAGAGGGAGAGAUCCGGUCGUUUUUAAUGUAUUUUGUCAUUUUAUUUUUGGAGCCUUGUUGUGAUUCAGAGUCAGCCAAAGUCGAGGGAUGGGACAAUAAGGCACAAGGGAUCAGUAUGGUCACCUCCUAAGAUUAUUUUUCCCCUAUUUUACAUGUUGAACUUGAUAUGUAAGAUGAAUCUUUAUCGCCUGAUUCACAUUCAAGUAUUGAUUUGGCUUUCGUGCCCUAUGCCAAGGUAUCAAUCAUAUUGACCCAUAUUUUCAAUACUGGAUUAUCAUUAGCCAUGGUCCAAAUCUGAAUGAGGAAGUCACUUUUCAGGUUUAAUUACCGGUAAGCCUCAAUCCGGGCUAAGCAAUUUAUUUUCAGGCUCUCAUUUGACAUGGUUCUCAGGCUUUCGUGUCAAUUCUAAGUGGCGUCUGCGAUCUGAGGUUUAAUUGGUUGCCUAGUGUGUCACAGUAGAUGUUCAUUUCAUCAAAUUAUUGUAACUGUCUUGGAAUAAUAACUAAAGGAGUUUAUUCCCCAUGCAAUCAAAGGGGAAGAGCCCAGCAGACUUGAUAGAGAUAUUGUGUAAGCAAUUUUUUUUCUACAUCUUUUGGCUUUCCAUAGUUUAAUCACACACCUAGACCAUGGUUCAAUUUAAAUCUAAGUUCAGAAUAUGGGCCACUGUGAGAGGUCAUUUGUUUGAUGAUUCAAUGAUAGUGUUAUACUGGCACCCUGCUUGUAGCCUGAAACAUCAAGGAAAAAUCGAUUUUCAUUCUUACCGUGUUUGUAUAUGUUACGGUCUAGUUACGACAGACAUUGAUUAACCCUGAAAUGCUGCAAUGUUCUUUCUUUGGAAAAUAGACCUAUGAGCUAUAAAAUGGAUUAUUCUAAACAAACGUAUUGUACAAAAAAAAACAAAUUUCCUCCUUUAAAGUGUUUGAAUCAAAAAGUUAUCUCAGACCUUCAAUAUUACUGUUGUAACUAUAGAAGAAUAUUUGUACCAAGCACUAUAGAUUUAAAAGCACAAAUUCAGUUCCGUCAAUUCCAUCACAAUAGUUGGAAGAAGAGGAAAGGUUUCAAAGGAUUUUCAUAUCCAUGCCAUCUAAAAGAAUGGCCAACUCUUUGAGAGAAAGUAUUUUAAUUUGCUAUGUUCAGAGAGUGGCAUUAUGUAUUAUUAAAAAAAAUUGUAACAUCGUUUAGUAGUCCUGCUCAGUGCCUUACAUAGCGGCUUUGUUUGCAUUCACCGUUGUAGUAAGUAAUGGGAGGAUAAGUCGCCAAAGGCACUGAGCAGAAUUCUUGCUAAAAGAUGGCUCUCAUACAUUUGUUAUGUUGCCUUUGGAGUUCAUUAGCUUAUGAUACAAUUGUUCACAUGUGCAAAUUCAAGUUGGACAGUUGAUAUUAUUAGAAGUAUGUUUGGCUUCUGAUUCUACUGCUUUUAAACUUGUUUUGACUUUUAAAAGUCCCUGUUAUCUCAAGUCUGGAAUAAUUUUCUUGGUAUCGCAUUGCAAAUUGUUCCACAUUUUUAAAGAUUGCUAUUUUAGGACUGUUCAAAACGUAGUUGAAAACCUUUCUCUUUAUGACCCCAAAGGUAAUCAAUUAUGGCAAGCAAUAUUACUCACUGCAAGUACUAUCAAAUAAAUGAGCUAAUUGAUCCAGAGACUUUAACUGGAGCCCCCUUUUUUGUGAUCCAAGACUUACAAGCAAAUUGUAUGACCACAAGUAUUUCCAAGAAAGAAUUUGAUUAGAAAUUGUUUUUCUUUGUAACUCACUGUGUAUAUUGCAUUCCACCUUCACUAUCCUGUUGAUUUCUCUGAAAGUGUAAAUAGAUUCCUCUCUGUUCUUUAUUAAAUCAAUUUUUCUUUUCGGUUUAGCUUGCUCUAUUAUGUUUCACCCUCACUUCAGUAGAUUCAUUUCUUUCUAAAUAUCCCAAAAUGGCAAUAUCAAAACUGUUUUAGAUCACUAAUAGCAGACUAGCAGUUGUUGUUUGUUAACACAUGAUAAUUGACAAUAACCCAAACAAAUGCAAUGGAUUCACACAAAUGAUGCAGUUACACAAGUGAAAUUAACUCCAGACUGACUGAAUUUAUCACAUAAUUACCAAAGGCAUACCAUUGGUCGGCAUGGAGGGUAAAAUGCCAAUUUGUCUAUUGCCAACUCGUCCACUCAUCACAUGGUCUACCUUCAUUUGGUCAAAUGCCAUUCUGUCCUUAAACAUUUUGUCUAACAACUAUUUGGUCCAAGAAUCACUUUGUCUAAUCAUCAUUUCGUCUAUGACCAUUUUGUCUCAUAACCAGUUAGUCUAAUACCCAUUUCAUUUCACCCAGUUAACACUUCGUCCAAUUAGACCAACUGGCUAUUGCACAAAAUGGUUAGUAGACGAAAUGGUGAGUGGGCCAAAUGGCAAUUCGACCAUGUUGAUAGUAGACAAACUGAUGGUAGACCAGUUGAUAUUAGAUGAGUUGGUAAUUGGACGAAUUGGCAUUAGACCAACUGAAAAUAAACCGUAUGUACAUGUAGUUGGUUUUGUUUGUGUGACCGUAGCAUAGUGUUUCAUUGCUUUCUUAAGUUCAUUCUUAUCCUCUAUUUCUUUGACUUUAAAUGAUGUGUUUUUAAAUGUGUCUUAGUGGAAGGAGCCCUCCAAUGUUUUUUGUAUUAAAAUUAAUUAUUCCUUCUAUUGUAA